GUAGAAAAUCACCUCUGGAGUUCAAGGAUUCAAGGCUUUUAUUGUCAUUUGUUCAUAGCUACAGUGUAGUUAUGACAAUGAAUAUUGUAUAUACAAGUAAUUGGAAUAUUGAUAUAUAUGCAGCAUGUGUUCGUCAAACUGCCCGGAUUUAAAGCCAUCUACGUGCUGGGGAUCAGCGAGAUGCAAGACUCUGACGGUCCCGGAGGAAUCUCGGUGCACUACUCUCUCAUCUUUGAGAUAACGUCCCCGGAAAUCAGCUCUGAGGAAGCAGAGGUGACGACCGAAAGCCCGGGGGAUUCAGUCAUCGCUGAUCUUAGAGAAAUGGUGACCAAGGCUUUACGAGAAGAAGCCUCGCUGCCGAUCGAUCUAAACUCUCUUAACUUCGAACCAGAAGUGAUCCACCUACCAGCCCUCUCAGCAACCUCUACAAUUGAAGUGGUGAAUGAGCCGGAUUCUCACAACGAGUUUGAGGUUUCCACUGUGGAGCCAGAGGUGGAUAAACCCCGGCUGGAGGUCCCUCUCACCCCCAUGGAGAAGGAAAACGCUCUCGUGACACUCCUGGAUCCCACCGCCCUCCCCGAUGAUGAGACCACGGCAGUAACUGGAGGGAUGGCGGAGCGAAACGAUAACUCUCCAGCCUCUCAGGAUAUUACAGAGGAGGAAGAGGCAAUUUAUGUGGGUGAGCCAGAGCUAUCAAAUGAAGGAUUGCCUAUCAUUACACAUGAGAUUGAAACCAUUCAUCACGACGAGAUUGGUGAACUCGUGAGAGACUACAUCCCGACCUCUCCGGUGAUUCUGGAGCUGGAGACGGACGCUCCAUAUAUCAAUCUGUCUCCUAACCUGAUAUCAGAGGAAGACCUGACUCCUGUUGAGGAAGAAGGGGAGGAUUUGGAUGUUGUCACCCCCACCUCACAGGUAUUAUUCACUACAGCUGCUUUUGCUGAGGAAGUGACAAUCACAACACUUUCAGGAAUCACAGGCCAACCACCCACUGAGGCAAUGGUGAACGUAGAAGACGCUAACACUUUGCCGGGUGAGGAAGAGGCUGGAUUGGGUGUCCCGGAAACAGAGGACGUUUCAGAGUUGGAGGUUGAAAUUCUAGAGCCAGAGGAAGAAGUAAUUGAAGUUUCAGAGCCAGAAGAAGAAGUAAUUGAAGUUUCAGAGCCAGAAGAAGAAGUAGUUGAAGUUUCAGAGCCAGAAGAAGAAGUAGUUGAAGUUUCAGAGCCAGAAGUCGUUGAAGUUUCAGAGCCAGAAGAAGAAGUCGUUGAAGUUUCAGAGCCAGAAGAAGAAGUAGUUGAAGUUUCAGAGCCAGAGGAAGAAGUAGUUGAAGUUUCAGAGCCAGAAGAAGAAGUAGUUGAAGUUUCAGAGCCAGAGGAAGAAGUAGUUGAAGUUUCAGAGCCAGAGGAAGAAGUAGUUGAAGUUUCAGAGCCAGAGGAAGAAGUAGUUGAAGUUUCAGAGCCAGAGGAAGAAGUAGUUGAAGUUUCAGAGCCAGAAGAAGAAGUCGUUGAAGUUUCAGAGCCAGAAGAAGAAGUCGUUGAAGUUUCAGAGCCAGAGGAAGAAGUAGUUGAAGUUUCAGAGCCAGAGGAAGAAGUAGUGGAAGUUUCAGAGCCAGAGGAAGAAGUAGUUGAAGUUUCAGAGCCAGAGGAAGAAGUAGUUGAAGUUUCAGAGCCAGAAGAAGAAGUCGUUGAAGUUUCAGAGCCAGAAGAAGAAGUCGUUGAAGUUUCAGAGCCAGAGGAAGAAGUAGUUGAAGUUUCAGAGCCAGAAGAAGAAGUCGUUGAAGUUUCAGAGCCAGAAGAAGAAGUCGUUUGA